AUCAACAGGUCACAGAGUGUGUGUUGAAUGAGUGUGUUCUCAGUGUUCAGAACCACCAUGGCAGUGCUGGGUUUGCACAUGGUUCUGCUUCUGUCUGGAUCAUCUGUCCUUAUCUCAGCUGCAGAUGUGGACUUUGACGCAGCCUCUAAUGCAAUUCUGAGCCCUUUUUCAGGGACAACUGUGAAGACCACCAGUGAUCCCACUACUUCAUUUACAACCAGGGUUAACAAGACAACAACUCGACCUCCAGCGAUCACCAAACACCUCACUGAAAAAGAUGAAGAAGAAGAAGGUCCUCCAGAAUUUGCAAAGAGAUCCACCAGGAGCGUUGUAAAGAAGUCCAAUAUCCUCACGAAGAAACACAGAGUUGUCAUCAAGAAGGCAAAAGUUGUUAAGAAAACCAAACCUCAGGUUAAGAAAAGUGCGAGCCAAUCAGGGACCAGCAUACAAAGGGUGACACAAUGUCCUCCCCUGGGUCUGGAGUCACUAAGAGUUAAGGACAACCAGCUGAAAGCAUCGUCCUACAAACGUAGGGGUCUGGGCCCUCACCGUGGCCGCCUCAACAUUCAGUCAGGGAUAGAGGACGGAGACAUCUAUGAUGGAGCUUGGUGUGCGCAAUACAGAGACAAGAACCAGUGGCUCGAGGUUGACGCCCGGAGGUUGACUCGCUUUACUGGCAUCAUCCUGCAGGGUCGCAGCUCCAUCUGGAGCUGGGAUGUGGUUCACACCUACAAGGUGCAGUUCAGCAACGACUCUGUGGUCUGGAAGCCAUGUAUGAAUGGGACCAAAGAGGCUGUCUUUGAAGGAAACCAGGACACAGAGACCCCCGUGCUCGCUUUGUUCAACGUGUCCACGGUGGCCCGUUUCAUCCGGAUCAACCCUCAGACCUGGUACCAAAAUGGGACACAGGGCGACAUUUGCCUUAGAGCUGAGGUCCUCGGCUGCCCUCUCCCAGAUCCAAACAACAACUACGCGUGGCUGACAGAGCCGACAGAAUCCAGAGACAAGCUGGACUUCAGACACCACAACUAUAUGGAGAUGAGAAAGCUGAUGAAGUUGGUGCACGAGGAGUGUCCUGACAUCACUCGUAUUUACAGCAUCGGAAAGAGCUACAAAGGUCUGAAGCUGUAUGUGAUGGAGAUCUCUGACAACCCUGGGAAACAUGAACUGGGAGAACCAGAGUUUAGGUAUGUGGCGGGGAUGCAUGGGAACGAAGUGUUGGGUCGGGAACUUGUGCUCAAUCUGAUGCAGUACAUGUGUCAAGAAUAUAAACGUGAAAACCAGCGCAUCGUCCAUCUGAUCAAAGAGACUCGCAUCCACCUUCUGCCCUCCAUGAAUCCAGAUGGAUAUGAGAUUGCGUAUAAAAAGGGCUCGGAGCUGGCAGGUUGGGCUCUGGGUCGUUUCAGCUAUGAAGGCAUCGACAUGAACCAUAACUUUGCCGACCUCAACUCAGUGAUGUGGACGGCCAUCGAGCUGGAGACAGAUCGGUCCAAACUCAUCAACCAUUACUUUCCUAUACCUGAAAUGUAUACCUCUGAGGAGGCUUUUGUGGCGUCUGAGACUCGUGCCGUCAUUAACUGGAUGCAGAAUAUCCCCUUCGUCCUCAGUGCCAACCUGCACGGAGGAGAGCUGGUGGUCACCUACCCGUACGAUAUGACCCGUGACUGGGCUCCACGUGAGCACACGCCCACCCCUGACGAGAGCUUCUUCCGUUGGUUGGCCACAGCGUACGCCAGCACCAAUCAGGUGAUGUCCAACCCUGACAGACGGCCCUGCCACAACAAAGAUUUCCUCAGAUACAACAAUAUUAUCAACGGAGCUGAUUGGCACAACGUACCAGGAAGCAUGAAUGAUUUCAGCUACCUUCACACUAACUGUUUUGAAGUGACGGUGGAGUUGUCAUGUGAUAAAUUUCCUCAUGCCAGUGAACUUCCCACUGAGUGGGAGAACAACAGAGAGUCUCUGUUGGUUUACAUGGAGCAGGUUCACAGAGGAAUUAAAGGCGUGAUUCGAGACAAAGACACAGAGGCUGGAAUAGCAGAUGCUAUAAUUAAAGUUGAAGAUAUUGAUCAUCACAUAAGAUCAGUGGCUGAUGGAGACUACUGGCGCCUCCUUAAUCCUGGUGAGUACACUGUGACAGUCACUGCGGAAGGUUACCUUCCUUCCACCCGCACCUGCCAGGUCAUGUACGACUACUACCCCACGAUUUGUGACUUCCGCCUCACGAAGAUACCAGCACGAAAGCAGAAAGAGGUUUUACCCAAAGGAAAACUGACCAAGGAUCUGCAGCUCAGGCUCCGGCAGCUACGUCUACGUAAGCUCCGUGUCACCACCAAGGCAAUCAACCAGAGGCGUGCAGCAGCUGCUGCAAAACAAGUCAAGAAGGUGUGAUGAGACAAUGAUGCUAACGAGAAAGCAGGUCUUCACAUGAACAGUUCUAUGUUCACAUUGGAUUUUAGUGAUUUGGAAUUUCUUCUCGAAAAUCAUGUUCUGCAAGAAUUUCCAUUCUGUUUGAUGGAAAGUUCAGCCACUUCAGUACAGCCCACUGCAGCCUUUAGGAGUUUAUAAUAUAUUUCCACACCCAGUAAGCAAUGUUUCUUUUUCCUAAGUCUGUUUCAGGGUGUCCAAGAUGGCUGUGCCAAAAUAUUACCCCAGGAAGAUUAUUUACUGGAAGGCUGUUCGCUGGGACUCAACUGUCCUGUCUUGACUUUGCAGAACCAGUGGUUUCAUAGUGAUUUUUUUCUUAGUGUCCGAGCUUGUCUUCUCUCUGUGGCUAAAACAAACCAUGACAAGUAGAAGAAGAUCUAUGACCAUAGAUGAGGCUGGAACCAGACCAAUGAAUUCAGACUUUCACUGGACAACCUGGCCUUUUCUGAGUCGGUUUUAUUUACUGCCCUCUAGUGAUAGCAGAGGGCUGUUGUCAUCAGAAGGUAGUUGGUUUGUUUUAAAAGCUUAAAUCGAAUGGUUUUUUUUUUUAACUUUUGUAGUUGGGACCAUGUGUUGUUAAAAAUAAAAAUAAAAAC